UUUGUUGCUAUUUUGUAGUUUGUUGACCGGAGCUAGUUAGCCAGCUAGCUAACUAGCUAUCAGCAAUUAUUUUAUAUAUUAUUUACUGCUAAUGUAUAAAAUUUAGAAAUAGCUAUAUUUAGCUAAUACUGGAACUGAACGACAGAGUGUUGUAGUACCUCCGUCAAAGGACGACUCUACAGAAGACAGUGAACUAGGCCCAUGCAGUCGGCAGCAGAAACGUUGGAGAAUGCCUCCAUCCUUUCGGAGAGCUCAUCACAAGAGGGACACCGCCUAUGGAUUGGCAACAUUGACCCCAAAAUCACAGAAUACCAUCUGGUGAAGCUCCUGGAAAAAUUUGGCAAGGUGAAGCAAUUUGACUUCCUCUUCCACAAGUCUGGCCCCCUAGAGGGCCAACCCAGGGGGUACUGCUUUGUCAACUUCCAGACUAAAGAGGAGGCCGAGAGAGCGAUCCAGUGCCUGAAUGGGAAGCUGGCCCUGUCCAAGAAGCUCGUAGUUCGCUGGGCUCAUGCACAGGUAAAGAGGUUUGACCAGUACAGAGGUGACAAAGCCCUGCCUGCCAGUCUUGAACCCUCAUCCAGCGUGGAAGAGAUGCCCACUACCCUGAGUGUGAACGCCAAGAUUCGCGCCAUCGAGGCUAAGCUGCAGAUGAUGGAGGAGAACCCAGAUGAAGAAUAUUCAGGCCCAUCCGUGUACCUCUACAACAAGCCCCCUGAAAAGAAGCGCUCUGUCCCCUAUGGCAAGUAUGGCCGCAAGUUCCGGCGAUGACACCACCCCCUGAGAGGCCCGCAACAGAGGUGAAAAGACGCUGUCCUCCACAGAGGUCCUCCAAACCACAGGACUGAAUACAUAAAGUGCUUAUAUGGAAAAACUGUUUUCUUUUCUGUUGUCAAAUUACAAUACAUGGAGCUGGGGAGGAAUGAGUCAGGGCCCCAGUUGGGCUGAUGAUGAGCUGGCUCUGAUUCUGAUUGAAUAUAUUUGCUAGUUGCGUAAGGUCAACCAAGCUAAUCAAAAGCUUGAUGAAACAGAUGUAAUCCAGUUGACUUUUUUGUAACUGAAAUGUUGCUAGUUUGAUUCCCUGCUGGGGCACUGCUGUUGUACCCUUGGGC